GUUCCUAGGCACACUUAUUCAUGAUUAGCUGAACCAUGGUUUAAUGAACCCAAGUUUCCAAGCUUAUACAAUGUCAAAACCACGGCCAAGUGUAGAGUCUGGGUUCCCACAAUAUCUCAACUAUCUCGGUUGAGACCCAAUGGUUGUGUGAAAAGGGAAGGAAGCCACAGAGCUUCUCCCAGACCCUCGCUCGCAGACUGCGUCUUUUCAUACCGUCCCCCCAAACCAGAAGCCAGGAAUGCAAUUUCGGCGGCGGCGCGGCUGGGAGCGCUUAAAGGGACGAGCGCACCAGGACCGCCCGGCUCGCCGAAAACCUCCGGGCCGCGCAGUGGUGCGCACGAUUGUCGGAUGGACUUGCGCUUGCGGAGACCGGCCUUCUGGGCCCAGCUCCACCUGCGGAGCGGCCUCCAGGGCUGGGACCUGCCCCGAGAACUGGCCCUAGACGCCACCUGUGACCAGCUGCCCCCAGUUGCUGACGAGGCUCUCCCGACGGCGCGGCUCUACCAGGCGGCCGGUGGGCCAACCGAGGCCCCUUGCCCUUCCAUCUCGGGGGCUCGUGAGACUGCCGGGAAGCCGCACCUGUGGAUGUGGGUGGACCCCAACCUCGUCUGCCCUAUCCCUGGACACGCCACGGGGCUGCCGCCCCUGCCUGGGCCUCGUCCCCGCGCUGCUCCAGAGGUUCCGUCCUGCACCCCAGCCCGCUUCCGAGACGCCCGCCCGGGAGAAGAGGUUCCACGAGCUGUUCAGGAUCCUGGGAGUGCCCCUGAAGCCAAAACUACCCUGCUUCCAAAAGAGGACUCCCAGAGGCCCCCCCAUGCAUGCCAGAAUGCACAAGGGAUCCAAUCCCGCAGCAGGAAGCUGCUGGCCCAGGGGAGUUGGCCUCGUCCCCCUCUCAAUUAUUGUAUCUUGAUUAGCCUUGCCCUGAGCAGCAGUGUGGACAGCAGCCUGACGGUGCAGGAGAUCUACAAGUUCACCAGCAGCAGCUUUGAGAAGACAACAGACUUCGUUUGCCUUGAAGGGAACCGCAAGUCCCGCCUGUGGAAGUUAACCACAGAGGGCAGGCGGAAGUUUCAGGAGGAGGCGCAGGCCCUGCCAGAGGAUAUGAUGGGCUUGGUGCACCAGAGCAUGGACAAGCCAGAAUUAAUGCGGUCUCUCUUUGGCCUCUGAUCCUCGGUGUGGAAGUCUGGCAGAGGUGGCCAUUUCACCCAAGGAGUUAGUUCCCAAGGAGGAUUUGAAUCUAGCCCGAGGGAAGAGGCUGGAUUUUCCAGGCACGGGCAACCCGUGAGGCUCUGGUCAUCGCCUGCUUGGCCCUCGGCCAGAAGACACUGAGCAAGGCAGCUUCAUUCUGACCGGAGCCUGAAAGAAGGGAAGGAGAUCCUCACUCGGUUUGGUGUUGGAAUUUCUCUUUGAAGCAGUAAAAGCGAAUCGAGCCCCUUUCUCUCAUUUCUCAACCUGGAGAAGAAUCUCCCUAACCCAAUAAACGCCUUCAAAGAGCAACGCGGUGUGAUUGUCCGUGGAGUUGAUUUAUAUGCGCCCCUCCUCCGUGUUGCCGCGGGGGACGCUUAGCGAGACAGGAUUUUGCUGCUUGGAAGGACCCUGAGGC